CAGGUCUUGGGAUGUCAUGGGACUAUACUUUAACCUUCUAGCCCUCCGCCUAUCCGGUUGUGUCUGAGAUUCAUGCAACGGGCGUAUUGCUCGCUUCAAUAAUGAGACACGUGCCAUGUCCAUCAGGAGCCAAGGUAAUCUCAGUCUUCUCAGAUCUCCUCGGAACUUCGACGAUUCGUUCUCACAAUCAUUAUCUUUUUGUCUAAGCUCUUUCUCGUCAUUCCUUGACAGGUGCAUUUGAGACGCCUUACUACUUGUUGAAUCAUGUUCUAGCAUUGAUCACUUACCUUUGAGAGCCUAUUUGCUCUUUACGUUCUUUAUCCCACUCGAGCCAGGCAGACUUCCCUUCUUCAAUUCGUUGCAUUCACCUCAAUAUGAACGAUCGCUUUUCCAUAGCUUGUUUCUAUAAUUUGAAACCCGCUCAUCCCGUCCAAGUUAAUCAAGACCGACCGUACUCAAACUCCAUAGUGUCGCCGUUACACACUCCAACUGAUUGCCAGAGGAAUUUGGUGACACCGUGCUCCCCGGUGGAGGAAUAUGUCUACUCGGAUGAGAAAAUAGUCAUGGCAGGCCCGAUGGGACAGGGAGGAGUGGAAGUUAUUGAACCAAAUAGAAGGCCUUCACAUGCACCGGAAGUUGUUCUAGCUGCUGCAGCAGUUCCGGCUCAUGCUCCACCAGGAUAUGCGGACACGGAACUUCCAUCUCGACCAGCACCAAGACCAUUUUGGCGGAGACAUCUGUUAUGGAUCAUUGCGAUUCUAGGGCUGGUAACCCUCGUGAUUGGUGCUGUGGUUGGGACUCUCGGACACAUGGAAAGCAAAGCAGCGCGGAAAAGCAAUUCAAGUGUAUCGGUAGUCAAGGCGGUUACCAACAAUACGCUCAACAGCGUCGCCAGCUCGGGCUUAUUCUUGAACGAUGGGACUACGUGGAAUACGCACGUAAUUUGGCAGAAUUCUACUGGCGGAAUAAACCUUCAGGUCAGUCUGGAUGGCCAAACAUUUCGACCUGCACAGCCUGUCAAGCUGCAAAUCCAGCCCAGGGUUGGAUCACCGCUUUCAACUACCACCGAGGUCGACCCGUCAACUGGCGUCGUCAUGCUUAACAUUUUCUACCUGUCUGGCGUGAAUAACAUUACGAUGUCUGCUAUCACCUGCUCCCCGAAUUCCGACAAAUGCAACACUAUUGCAAACUGUUAUCUCCCUACUCAAAUUGCACCCAGCAAUUUCACAGGACUCGCAGCAGUAAAUGUCAACAAGGCUCAAGAUUGGCGUGUGUACUACCACGAUGUCGAGGGAUAUAUUUCAGAGCUACAGGGAGACAACUCGGGAUUCAAUCUAGGAAAAAAGAUUGGUGGCUCUGGUUUGAACGCAUCCGCUAUCGCAGCGAUCAACGUCAACUCAACAACGAACAAUAUCAACAUCUUCUAUGUUGAUGGAUUGACCCAAGCUCUUUUCAAGAUGCAAUUCACAGCAGGUGACUGGACCAAGCCUUCCGUUGUUUCAACGGAAAUCAUUGCUUCAUGGAACCCCAGAUCUGGUCUUGGUGCUGCAUAUACAGAGACUCAUGAUCAAUUGCGUGUUUACUACACUGGUAUCGAUGCAGGUAUCUAUGAAUUCCUCGGCUCGAACGUUUCAAGAACAACAAAUACCUCGUGGCUUGCACAGCCGGGCCACAACCAUCUAUGGGCCCCAGCCGAUUUCGUCGGAGCUCCGAUCACUGCCGUGGGAUGGGGUGACCAAGCUCGAUUCUACCAGGUUAAGGAAGGAGAUCUCGCAGAGGGCUCUCUCGACAACACAACAUGGACCGAAGCCUUCAUUGACAAUAACGGUCGAACUAGUUAGAUUAUGAUGGGCAAUAUCAGUGAGCAGGUCCCUCAUUUUGGGGCGUUGGUGGCUUGGAGUCUUGCGGAGUGGACCAUAAUUCCUUUUCUAUGUAUGUGGAGUGCUGGGGACACCCAUUUUGGGAAUAUUUCUGUAUAUAGGUCUUGAGUACAUGGGUAAUUUACAAUAAGCUACGUGGGAACAAUUUGGUUCCCAUCCAAUCUAAC